AUGGAACCAAACGAAGAAUUCGUGAAGGUUUUAGGUAAAGGUGCUGAUAGUUAUGUUGAUCUCGUCAAGUACACAAGAAACGACGGCUCUUCGUUUCACGCCGCCGUAAAAAGGAACGAAGAAGACUCUCUCCGUAAAGAGAUUAAGAUUCUUUCCGAACUCAGAAGAUGUCCGAGAAUCGUGCAAUUCUUUGGUGAUGGUUUGGAACAAGGUUUCGACUGUGAAGGAAACAAGGUCUACAAGUUGCUUCUUGAAUACGCAUCCGAAGGGAGUUUAAGAGCUUUCAUGGACACAUUCAAAGAUAGAAAAUUACCCGACUUGAUGAUCAGAGACUUCACGCGGAUGAUUCUCGAAGGCUUGGUAUCGAUUCACGGACACGGUUAUGUUCAUUGUGAUCUGAAGCCAGAUAAUCUCCUUGUCUUCCCUAGUGGAGAUUCUUACGAGUUGAAGAUUUCUGAUUUUGGACUCUCAUUACAAGUCGGACAAGUUCCUAACCACUGGGAACCCUAUCGGCCGUUUGUUGGAACGCCUUAUUACAUGCCGCCAGAGUCUCUACGCGACGGUGCUGCCAAGAAAGCCAUAGAUCUGUGGUCAUUAGGGUGUUUAGUGUUGGAGAUGUAUAUGGGUAAGAUGCCAUGGCCAUGGGUUGUAUACACUGAUCUCGUGCAUAUGCUCUUGAAUGGUAAUGCUCCAGAGAUUCCAGAGAGUUUGCCUUACGAUGCAAGGGAGUUUAUUCAAACGUGUUUUGCAAGGAAUCCUGAGGACAGGGGUAGCGCCUUUGAGCUACUGUCGCAUCAGUUUUUGCAUCCAGAAGAAGAGACGUUCGAUUUCGUCUUCGUUACGGCUGAAGGUGAAGUUGAAAAUCAACCGACAGAACAAAUAUGGAAAUUGAAGAGUUUUCCAUCUAAGCCUCUACAGUUUAAGAAAAUUCUGAAUAAGUUGUUGAGGUUGCAGAGUGUCUUCUGA